AGUCCCGAUGAUGAGCUGAGCGCUUUCAGUGGUUAUGCUCUCCUCAAGCAGUCGUAAUCCAAACAAUAUGGCCCAGAAACGUGCAAAUGCCGGCGAAAGCAUUUCUGGACGUGAAAGAAAAAAGCUGAAGAUGGCUGAUGCGCGUACAAUUGCAGUUCAAUCGAAUGUAGAAGCAGGAUCCUCCAGAAUGGAUAGUAUGGCUCGUCUUCCAGGCGUUAUCGAUGUCGAGGCGUUCACAGAGGCUCGUUCGUUUGAGAUCAAUGCCAUGCAGAAUGCUAUGAAGACGGCAAGCUCGAGCUCAACUCAAAGGGCGUGGCAAGCCUUGCCCCGACACUUGCGUCGUAGAGCUGCGAGUCAUGAUGUUCGCCGAGUGCCACUUCGUUUACGCGAAAAGGCAAAGGCAGAGGCGCGUCGCAUGGAUAUCAAAAAGGUCAUCAAUCGCCAAAAGCCAAAGCGUGGAAAGGAUAAACGGGUUUCUAAAACUGAGUCUUUUUUGAAGCGUCAGAAGGACAAAACAUGGCUAGAGACUCACCUUUGGCACGCUAAAAGAAUGAAAAUGGGAAACAUGUGGGGCUACCGACUGGCUAUUCAUCCCUCGGAAAAGGCCUUUCGUCCAUCUCACCGUGCCGCGAUUCGCGGGUCCAUUCUUCAUGAUGCCUCAUACCAGUCCUUGAUCGAACUGCAAGGUCCCCAAAAUGUUCUCACAAGAAUAAUGGACAAUUGUUGCGACCCUCAAGAAUUGAGCCCGAGUAAUAGGCGGUACGUUCUUGGUGCGCGCACCUUGUCCACGCACAUGUAUCUACCAACUCUGUAUCCCCAUGGUCUCAUCGCUCCCAUCACCGUUAUGUGGAGACCAUUCACUAGGGAUAAGUCUGGUGCGGCUCAAGAAUCGGCAGAAACCAGUGCAGAGCUCCUUCAGGCAAAACGAAAACGGAAAGGGAAAGGGAAAGGGAAAGAAAAGGCCACCGAAGAAACAGACAUUCCGAACGAAGAUACGAUUCGUGUGGUCUGGAUUCGUUCUCAUCCAGCAACCCAUGGUGAGGUUUUUAAUGCUCUUCAAACAGCUACUUCAUCGGUGUUGGAUCGAAUCAACAAAGAAUCGACGUCGGAUCAGGUCGUGGAUGUUGAGAUUGCUGACUUGAGAGGAAAGGUCAACAUUUUUGAAAUCAUGGGGCCAAAAUCUAGUCAAGUUCUUAAAGGUGCUUUACAACCUAUUGCCUCGGACGAUCGAACCAGUUUCAAAGAGUUCUGGUCCUCCUUGGGUGAUAUCCAAACUACCGGUAGUUUGCCUCGCGGAAUGAUAGUUGGAUUUACUGCAAAUGACCCGAGGCUCAAAUUUCCUCCAAAAAACUCCAAGCUUAACAUAUCCACUGCUUUGAAUAUUCUCACCAUGCCCUCAUCCGCAUUGGCGCAAAGUGACGUCUGGGACGAAACCACUCGGAAGGCUUUGAAGACACCUAGAUACAAGAAGAAGGAUCUCGAUGAAAGGCGCUCGAAGAAUGCUAUCCCCGGAACUCAUCUUACUGCUCUCCGUCAAGACGACCGUGUUCCUGUCAUUCUUAUCCAGCGCUCACUGGAAAAUACCUCCAAUGGUGAAAAACAUGUUCUGGGACGCGCCGGAGACGGCGAGGCCAUUCAUGGCUGGACCUUGAUAAUUCCUGCGGGGUGGUCCAUGGCAUUCUUUUCUUCUCUCACAUACACGGGCACUCGUGUCGGCGGACAACGCGAACGUCAAUCGCAGGCAUUCGAAUCCGGAGUCUCCUAUUUUCCUCGAGAUUAUCCAUUCACAACCGCAUAUGAAGAGUAUGCUCGAGAAUGCGAGUCCGUGGCGAAAGAGAGCUGGGAGCGGAAGCCCCCCGCGAAGAGACCGAACUACAAAAAACUUGGAACAAAAAAUCCUUGGCGUGCUAAUUGGGAAGCUGUUUUGGGGUUAUCGGAAGGGGGCGCGGGUGAUGGCUAUGUCAGUACGCAGAGGGAAGAGGCAGGCAAAGCCAUCCCUUGGCUUUUACGCGGUCCUACGGCUAUCAUUAAUAAUCUCUCAAAUCUCUUCAGCCCCGAUGUUGGUCUCCUAGCUGAGGUGAACCGGGUUCGAUUGAAACGUGGUCUGAGACCUCUCAGCAGCACAAUUAAGUCUGAAGACUUGCUGAAAGGAGCUUUGGUUGCUGUCAAAGUCAGGAUGUACAAGCGAGGUUUACCGGAUGAUCUGGCGAUCAUAUAUUCGAUGUCUGAUGAUGAACUGAUUAGCUGGGAGAAGUCGACUCGUAAGUCUGUAACAGAUCUCGUGGAAGAUGAUGGUGCUUCCGAGGAAUUGGGAUACAAGCCCGAGUCUUCACCCAUCAUCGGGUACGUGACGACCGGUCAUUUCUCGCUCUUGCGAGGAGAAGGGUUUGCACUAGGUGCCAUUCCGCUAAUGAGAUUUCUCGAGUUAAGAGAUCAAGCGCGAAGGUAGGUUUUUUUGUGUUCCUCAAUUUUCAAACAUUUGGCCUUUUCUCCACAGACUAUGUUUCAAAUCGGAGUCCGUUGUCGCGGUCAAAAUUCGCAAUCCGGCCUCAGAGUCAUGUCGAGCAGCUUACGUACAAAUUACAGACCUAUAGUUGUAAAUCAAAUUCAAUUUGGACUGCCUUUGG